AUGCCACUCCACCUGUACUUCAUUUUCGAUGGGCUGGACUUCCCUCAGCUCAAGAGGGGAAAAGAUAUAGUGUGCACAUGCUAUCUGCCCCUCCUUGUGCAGCACUUUCAAGAGCUGCUGACAGCAUUUGGUUUCAACUGGCACAUGGCUCCUGGAGAGGCAGAAGCAGAACUUGCCUGCCCCCAGUCAUGUGCCCUCAUUGAUGUCAUGGUAACACCAUACAAUGAUGUGCUGCUGUUUGGUGUGACUUGCAUCAUUCACAGUGGCAUCCCACCAUCUGGCAAGUAUGAAGACAUGCAACUCUACUCAUCAGACACCUUACAAAAUUGCACCAGCCUUGAAUGGGGUGACCUCCUCCUUGUCAUGCUGAUGAGUAGUGUAGAUAAUGAGGUUGCUGGUGGUGCAGCAUGGAUGUUGCCCACUGAUUGGUAA